UUCUCGUGCCUGCCGGUGGCUGGGGUGGUGGUGGCGAUGGGGGAGAGGCUGGAAUUGCCGGACUUGUCGCUGAUCUUGUCACCUUUUGUGUUCCGUGCCUGGGGUGCGCUGAGGCUCUGGCUUUCUUUUAUUUUUAUUAUUUUUUUUUAUCUUACUCUCCUCAGGAGAGGGGGCCGCGAGGGGGACCGAGUCCCUUUUUGUUGUUCUUCUAGAUUUCUUGCUGUCUUCCCAGCCCCUUCCUUCCCUUCUACCCGGGUAGAAACUCCAGGGCCUGUCCCCAGUCCCUUCCCUUUGUCUUGUUUAUUCUAGCUGCCUUUCUUCCCGGCUUUUCCUAUUUGCUUGGUGUUUGCAUACCUUUCACUUCUCCUUUUUAACCCCGGGCCAAGGGCCGGCCGUGGGGAGGAGGGCGGAGAAGGGGGGGGGCGCAGGGUGACUUUCCUCUCCCUGCGCGUUCAGAGCUGGGAGCUUGCACCGGGCUCUACAGCCGAGGAGGGACAGUCCCGAGGAGCGAGCGCGGUGCCCCUCCACCCAGUCUGCGCGCCUCGCUGGAAGGCACAGAGUAGGGCCAGUUGGCCCAGGAGCCUCAGGGGUCGCCCGCGGGGCCAUCGGGACGCCGCGCUGCGGAGGGCCGGCCCCGGGUCGGGGUGUGCUUGGGCCGCCCAUGGGCGAGAAGCCCCCAGCCUUUACAGGCACGCUCGGGUAGUGGGCAGCUGCGCUCCGGCCUCGGCUGGGUAGUGCUCCUGUGUUGCCCCAGUUCCUAGGACUGGGAGGGAGGAGAAGAACCCAGCGGAGUGGAGAGGGUCCCGGGAUUCUUGAGCUGUGCCCAGCUGACGAGCUUUUGAAGAUGGCACAAUAACUGUCCAGUGAUGCCUGACCAUGACAGCACAGCCCUCUUAAGCCGGCAAACCAAGAGGAGAAGGGUUGACAUCGGAGUGAAAAGGACGGUAGGGACAGCAUCUGCAUUUUUUGCUAAGGCAAGGGCAACAUUUUUCAGUGCCAUGAAUCCCCAAGGCUCAGAGCAGGAUGUUGAAUAUUCUGUGGUGCAACAUGCAGAUGGGGAAAAGUCGAACGUACUCCGCAAGCUGCUGAAGAGGGCAAACUCGUAUGAAGAUGCCAUGAUGCCUUUUCCAGGAGCAACUAUAAUUUCCCAGCUGUUGAAAAAUAACAUGAACAAAAACGGUGGCACCGAGCCCAGUUUCCAAGCCAGCGGUCUCUCCAGCACAGGCUCCGAAGUACAUCAGGAGGAUAUAUGCAGCAACUCUUCCAGAGACAGCCCCCCAGAGUGUCUUUCCCCUUUUGGCAGGCCUACUAUGAGCCAGUUUGAUGUGGAUCGCUUAUGCGAUGAGCACCUGAGAGCAAAGCGCGCCCGGGUUGAGAAUAUCAUCCGGGGUAUGAGCCAUUCCCCCAGUGUGGCAUUAAGGGGCAAUGAAAAUGAAAGAGAGAUGGCCCCGCAGUCUGUUAGUCCCCGAGAAAGUUACAGAGAAAACAAACGCAAGCAGAAGCUGCCCCAGCAGCAGCAACAGAGUUUCCAGCAGCUGGUUUCAGCCCGAAAAGAACAGAAGCGAGAGGAGCGCCGACAGCUGAAACAGCAGCUGGAAGACAUGCAGAAGCAGCUGCGCCAGCUGCAGGAGAAGUUCUACCAGGUCUAUGACAGCACCGACUCUGAAAAUGAUGAAGAUGGCGACCUGUCUGAAGACAGCAUGCGAUCGGAGAUCCUGGAUGCACGGGCCCAGGACUCGGUGGGGCGCUCAGACAAUGAGAUGUGUGAGUUGGACCCGGGGCAGUUCAUUGACAGGGCUCGAGCCCUAAUCAGGGAGCAGGAGAUGGCUGAGAACAAGCCCAAGCGAGAAGGCAGCAACAAAGAAAGAGACCACGGGCCAAACUCCUUGCAGCCAGAAGGCAAGCAUCUGGCAGAGACGUUAAAACAGGAGCUGAAUACGGCCAUGUCACAGGUCGUGGACAUGGUGGUCAAAGUCUUCUCAGCCAAACCCUCUCGCCAGGUUCCUCAGGUCUUCCCACCUCUCCAGAUCCCCCAGGCCAGAUUCGCAGUCAAUGGGGAAAACCACAAUUUCCAUACGGCCAACCAGCGCCUGCAAUGCUUUGGUGACGUCAUCAUUCCGAACCCCCUGGACACCUUUGGCAAUGUGCAGAUGCCCAGUUCCACAGACCAGACAGAAGCACUUCCCCUGGUGGUCCGCAAAAACUCAUCCGAGCAAUCCGCCUCCGGCCCAACCACCGGUGGCCACCACCAGCCCCUGCACCAGUCACCUCUCUCUGCCACCGCUGGCUUCACCACCCCUAGCUUCCGCCAUCCCUUUCCCCUGCCCUUGAUGGCCUACCCAUUUCAGAGUCCACUAGGUGCUCCCUCUGGCUCCUUCUCGGGAAAAGACAGAGCCUCUCCCGAGUCCUUAGACUUGACUAGGGACACGACGAGUCUGAGGACCAAGAUGUCGUCCCACCAUCUGAGCCACCACCCCUGUUCACCAGCACACCCACCCAGCACCGCAGAAGGACUGUCUUUGUCACUCAUAAAGUCUGAGUGUGGCGAUCUUCAAGAUAUGUCCGACAUCUCACCUUAUUCGGGAGGCGCAAUGCAGGAAGGGUUGUCACCCAAUCACUUGAAAAAGGCAAAGCUCAUGUUCUUUUACACCCGCUACCCCAGCUCCAACAUGCUGAAGACCUACUUCUCUGAUGUGAAGUUCAACAGAUGCAUUACCUCCCAGCUCAUCAAGUGGUUCAGCAAUUUCCGUGAGUUUUACUAUAUUCAGAUGGAGAAGUAUGCGCGUCAAGCCAUCAACGAUGGGGUCACCAGCACCGAAGAGCUGUCCAUCACCAGAGACUGUGAGCUGUACCGAGCCCUCAACAUGCACUACAACAAAGCAAAUGACUUUGAGCAGGUUCCAGAGAGAUUCCUGGAAGUUGCGCAGAUCACAUUACGGGAGUUUUUCAAUGCCAUCAUCGCAGGCAAAGAUGUUGACCCUUCCUGGAAGAAGGCCAUAUACAAGGUCAUCUGCAAGCUGGAUAGUGAAGUUCCUGAGAUUUUCAAAUCCCCGAACUGCCUCCAAGAACUCCUUCACGAGUAGAGAUUGCAACAACUCUUUUGAAUGUAUGAAUAGAAGAAGUCCCCCUUGGAUGUCUAACUUCUGUGUGUCUAGAUUUUUAUUUCCUAUCUACGUGUGGAGGAGGCAUGGGUGUGUCGUGAUAUCAGCUGGUGGUUCCUGCUCAUCCCCUCUGGGUUGUUUUAAUUUUCCCCAUUACAGGGGGAUGGGUACCUCCCUUCUUUGCCUUUAGUUACUUUUGCCCAAGGCCCUUAAUAUUUGGAGACUUGAGGUAGGGUUGAUUUUCAGGAAAAGGGAAUGUCAGCCUGUGUAAAGUCUACAAGAGCCAAGGACACUCUGCUCACCUGGAAGCCUAUUGCAAAUGGCCACCAGCAGAGUGGACCCUGACUAGGACACAGCACACACCCAGACCGCCCCCACCCCACCCCACCCUGUGCCGUGUCUCUUGUUUCUAGGGUUAAGAAGUCUUGAGAGAACUCAAGGAGAGCGCUUCACACACUGGAAUACCCUGUUUAAGUUGAGCCUCAUAAGUAACUUUUUCUUACACGUUUUCACAGAUGCCAGUGGCAGCUGGGCAGCUCACACUCAAAAGUACCCUCAAAGGACAGAUGUUUAGAAUGGUCAUCAUCACCGAGCCUUUUCUAAGAGAAAUGGCGUACACCCCAGGCUAAGUUUUUACAAAACCACGUCUCUCGAGACGAGGCUGGAAAUCUGUGUGGGUGGACCAGCUGUCCCUGUAAAGUUUGUAACAGGCUCUUGGUGGGACGUGUGCUCAGAGGUUUUGACUUAGAGAAGACCCCGUACUUUGUCUUCGUUUCCUAUUUAUUUUGCUUCAUGUAGUAAAAGGCAUGUACCUUUCAAAUGUAUUCUUUGCUCAACUUCAUAUGCUUAGCAUCGCUGUUGCUGUUUAACCCUUUUUGUUUCUCUCCUAAAACACUAACUUCUGGAUACCUUUCUACAGUAAGGAAUUCAGAAAGGCCACUGACCAUAAAAUCCUUGCCUACUCUUGGAGCGUGUUGACAGUUGCUGGUGGACCUGACUUCACAUUCUGUGAGGACACCACCCAGGAAUGGCUCGUUCACAUGAGUACGCCAGGAUGGCAGUCUCUCUCUUCACUUUGGGUAUAAUAUCUUCAAGCAACAGAUAAUGUCUUUUUUCUAUUUCAGAAGCUAAUAUUGACCAAAGUGUGAGAAGAAUACAAUCGGUUAGUUUGGGGUUACCCAAGAAGACACAGUUUCAGCAUACUGAGGAAGCUAGCUGCUAUUUGCCCCAUUCUCAAAUGGCUCCCCCGCCCCCAGUUUUUUGAUGACGUACCAUGUCCUAUGCUUGCAUUUAAAAUGCUGGGUACCAUUCACACUUGCUUUCUUGGCUGGAUUUUUGUGUACAGAUGCAGUGAACAGCACUGUCCACUCUAAUAGUGUGGUCCAGGCCCCUUCUUCCCCUUAGAUAAUUUGAUAGACACACUCUAAAAACAACACAGUAACAGAUCUGGCAUUUAAAACAUAAAGAAUAGAAAUGCCAUUUUUCAUUAUUUAGUUUUAAAGUAAAAAUCAGCACUUGACUUUGGAGGAUGCAGGUCAGCCCUUGUGCCUGUCUAGCUGGCUGGAUCACUGUAAUUCAACAUCAUUUAUAAAUUCUGCUGAUGGACAGGAAUGUACGAACACAAUUAUUGUCAGCACAAAGCCUGAAAACCUGCUGACUUUAAGCUAAACAGUGGAGCUCUGCGAGGCCCAGCAUCUUCCAGGAGGCCAGAAGGCCCUAGCAGUGAGGACAGAGCAUGAACAAUUAUGGUCAACACUAUUCAUUCACUACAAUAGCAUCUCCUAUGCUCAAGCACCCAGAGAUGCAUAUAAAAUUAUUAAGAGUGUAUUUCUUAUUUUUCUGGGUGUCUUUAGAAACAAGAAGCCCAGGUAACUAACCAUACCACUGAAAUAAAUGUUAAAAAGUCAAACGACAAAAUCAGGAACCCAGUCAGUAAAAAUUAUGAAAGUCUUUCACAUGCUUUGUCUGGAAGGGUCUUGGAAGGGCCCAGCAGGGGCCUGGCUGUUCCAAGUCACGUGCCAGUCAGAUCCCCACCCUCUCACCCUUUGCAAGGUCAAAGGCAAAGCUGCAGUGUAGUCAGCUGUGUAGACAGAUUUCUAGGUAUCUUCACAAUCUGGGGCAAAUGAAUAUUGAUUCUAGACUUACUUGGAUUUUUAAAAUAUUGUUUUCUUCUGCCUUUCUAAUUGAAAUAGGCAAAUUUAGCAAAAACUAAUGUGUAUGUAAUCUGCUGACUGUCAGUGCCCCUUCUGUACCUAUAAUCUCCCCUCAGUGUUCACUACGGCGGGAGGUGACUUCACACUGGCAGUCUGAGGACAGACUCAGCCCUAUGUUGGAAGCAGGUCUCCAUGACUUUGCACUGAGGUGGUUGCUCCCAAUACAGCCAUUGGGCCAUGUGUCCUCCCAGUACAAUGGUGAAAUCACACAAGCCUGUCUCGCAAUGCUCCUAUCAAGCCGUUAGUCUUUAAAUAAAACAAUAACAGUAACAAAAACCUACUACCUUUAAAAUCUUGACUCAGCUCUCCCCAAGUGAAACCUUUUCUUUUUUGUGCACAGGAGAAAGCUGACUUUUCACAGUGGGAGAGUGGGGACCAACUCUAAAGUCUGUUGCGAUUCCAUAUCUUCACUUCUUUUAUGCUAACCCUAUAUUAUUUUUGCGCGUACACUCAAGGUGAUAAGUCUGUGCCUAGAUCUAAAAUGCACCAGCGCGGGGAUUUUUAAGAAUCCUUCAAAAUACCGUUCUUUCCCCACCAGUACAACUGUUCUCGUGCCUUCUGUGGCUUUCUGUUUCAUCUCUUUUUACUUUAUUUCCAAUACUACAGCUGCAAUAAACACUACAUUUUUUUUCCUGGCUGUUUGACAUAAUGUUGAUAGCUAUGCAUUUUGCGUCUUUUUAAAACGAAGCGGGAGAAUAAUGUUUUUGAAGAAGAGAAAUUUUUAGAACAGUUUGAUACACCGCAAAUUAUUUUUUUCCUCAAUUGUUUGAGCAGCAUUCAAGUUUUGGAGAUUCUUGUAGAAGCCAGUUUUUUUUUUUGGUUUUUUUUUUUUUUGUAACUGUGGUGUAGCUCUUGUGUUUUCUUAGCCUAAUGAGAAGCACUAUAGAAGCAAUAUUUCAUACCAUGUGCAAUGUGUGUGCGGAGGUGUGGGUGCGAACACACAGGCACACACAUGUAAAAAAAUAUACAUAUGUAUGCGUGUGAGGUGGAAAGCUUACCUUUCCUUAUCUAGACUUAAGAGCUUAUUUUAGGCGUUUGUUAUGUUUUGUGAGAAGAAUGUUCUAUUUGCAACAACACAACAUUGACUUCUUACUGUCUCUGGCUGUUCAAUGGAGAUGUUUUGCAUUAAAUGGUAAAAAUAUGUGGAAGAUGUUAGGAUGUAGUAAUUACUUCAGUAACUGUUCUCCCCCAUAUUCCUGAAGUUUGCUUUGUGCCUCUGAGUAUUACUUAAUUGAAGUGUUUUAUGUUUGAAGAAAUCCUUGUUACUGUGCUAGGAAUAUGGGUGAAUAUCAUUAAAAAAAUUAAAAUGUCAAAACAGAAACACUAAAGCAAAGGGGAACUUUUAUAAGGAAAUGUAAAUAUUUAACCUCAUGGCCGUUGUUACGUAAGACAUGAGAUUUUAAUAAAUAUCUACAGUAUCACAGCAUCUGUUGAAUUUAUUAGGGACACUACAGUAACUACAGGCAGUUGAAAGCAUUCUCAAAAAUCCUGUUCUCUACUUGCAAAAUAUAAUAGUCUCCACCAGACGUCAAGGGCAAGGGUAAUAGCGUCUCUGUAAAUCUGUGACAUUUCUUUUCUGUGUACAUGAAGACAUUUAGUAAGUUGUCCCCCACAUCCACACACACGCAGGUUAAUAUCGACUACUUGCAGAGUUUCGGGAGGGAACUAAACAUAGACUGCUCCCCCAAAGUGACCGUAAAUCAAUCAAACAGCGGUUUGCCAAUGUUCCCCAGAGCAGCAAUGUGUGUAAGGACGUGAACAUGGUUGCUGUGUAUAUUAAAGAGUAUUCCUGGUAUGACAGGAACAGCACAGCCGUUUCCUCCUGGUGUAAACUCUGUGUCUUUAGAUUACACCCCUGUUUUCAAAGGCUCCCCUUGGGAAACACAGUGGAUGGUACGUGUGCCACCGCAUCGCACUUCCGUGUCACGUGCGAGGAAGCACACCUUUGCCUCUGUAGAUCAGCUGGUUUCAAACCAUCUAAAAAGUAAAACUAAAAUGUUCAUCCUCAGAGCUGGGGUUCACACUGGUGUUUAAUCUCUGCAUCCUUUUGAAGGACCCUUCUAAGACUGUGGAAGCUCGUGGACUUUGAGUCUUCUCGACUGAGCUCGCUCUCAAAUCAGACACCCCCGUGAUGUGCACACACGCGAACAGGCAGGCAAAUGGCAGUCCUGCCUUUGUGAAAAUGGAUUUACUAGAUAUUUUUUUAACAACAGAUAUCUCUGCGUAUGAGAGAAUAAAGCAUUUUAAAAUUGUAUAUUGCAACUUCAAAUUUAGACUUAGGAAAAAUGAUGUAUUUGGAGUUGGUCUCAGCUCCCAAGAAGGGUCAAAGGUCACAGCUUCCCCCAACAUUGUCCCAGCCAUUUCUCAUAUGUAUAUAGUAUAAACCGUGACAAACACUGCCUUUAUAUGAUUUAGCAAUAUGUUGUAAAUAGCAUUAUGAAGCUCUUUUUUGUAAUAAAGACCCUUUGAUUUGAAUAUAGUACAAUAACUGAACUGAUAAAGUCAUUUUUGAUUUUUUUUUAGCUAGAGGCAAUUUCAAUUGUGCAUUUUGUUAUUGUCUAUUGUUCUGAAGACUGCAUAAUUUAUUGGUUUAAUUUAUCCUAAUUUAUUUGAUGAAGGUGUACAAUUUUGUAUUACCAAGGAUGUACUGUAAUAUUAAUUGAUAGGUAAAACAGUGAGACUCCCUGUCCAUCUUCAAAAGAAAACAAAAGGUGCCGUAGACAAUUGAUUUUAAAGUAAAAAGUAAAUCAAUUUAGUUUGGCAGCUACUAAAUUUUAAAACAAGGAAAAAAUAAAGGACAAUGUUGUCAUUGGGAGGGGCGGGGAGGGUUUCCGUUGUGUGUUUGAAGCUUUUCUAUAUUCUCCGAACUUGGACCGUUUGCUUUGUACCACUAAGGGUGCAGUAGUCAACUGCCUUGUGUGCCUUCCAUCCUCUCCUGAACUGAAUGUAUGUGCAGUAUAUAUGCAAGCUUGUGCAAAAUAAAAUAGACAUUACAAGCUCA